AAUCUGAAAACACUCGCUCCACAUUCUCUGUACUCUGUUCUUCUGCCAUCUUCAAGAACAGACUAGUUUCAAGAAAAGGGCGAAAAAAAAAUGUCUCUCACAAUUCCCACAAAUCUGUCAAAGCCCAUUUCUACACUUAACUCUCAGUUUACAAAGAAACCAAGAUUUGCGACCAUUGUUUGCUCUUCUUCUUCAUCAUGUGAUGAGCAAUCAUCUUGUAAUUUAAAGGCAUUUUCUGCUGCACUUGCUUUGUCUUCAGUUCUGUUGUCAGUUCCAGUGCUACCAGCUUCUGCUGAUAUCUCUGGGCUCACCCCAUGCAAGGAGUCUAAGCAAUUUGCUAAGCGUGAGAAACAACAGAUCAAGAAGCUUGAGAGUUCAUUGAAGUUGUAUGCACCUGACAGUGCUCCUGCCCUUGCUAUCCAAGCCACCGUUGAGAAAACCAAACGCAGGUUUGACAACUAUGGGAAGCAAGGAUUGUUGUGUGGAUCAGAUGGAUUGCCACAUUUGAUAGUGAGUGGAGACCAAAGGCACUGGGGAGAGUUCAUAACACCAGGGAUACUCUUCUUGUACAUUGCUGGUUGGAUUGGGUGGGUUGGAAGGAGUUACUUGAUUGCUGUAAGAGAUGACAAGAAGCCAACUAUGAAAGAAAUCAUCAUUGAUGUUCCUUUGGCUAAUAAGCUCAUCUGGAGAGGCUUCAGUUGGCCUGUUGCUGCUUACAGAGAGUACUUGAAUGGAGAACUCAUUGACCCCAACUUCUAAAUUUAUUUCCUUCUUGUUUUUAUUGUAUAACAAAUGAAGUAUAUCUUCUUUUUGCUUGCGCUAUUGUAAUGGCAACUUGUGCAAAGACUAUAUAUGGGAAUAUUAGAUUUUGCUAUAA